AUGGCAAAUAGAGGCUCGCUUUCUCAACAGCAAAUCAACGUUUCAGCUGAAGGAUGCGGUGCUGAGGAUGUUUUGUAUAAGGAGCUAUGGAAGGCUUGUGCAGGUCCAUUGGUGGAUGUUCCAAAAAAUGGAGAGAAAGUUUAUUAUUUUCCUCAAGGUCACAUGGAACAAUUGGAGGCAUCUACAAAUCAGGAACUGAAUCAGAGGAUAACAAUGUUCAAGUUGCCUUCAAAGAUCCUAUGUCGUGUUUUUAAUGUUCAGCUACUGGCCGAGCAAGACACUGAUGAAGUUUAUACACAAAUAACUUUGAUGCCAGAAGCACGAACCGAGAAUAUAAGUCCGGAUAAGGGUCCUCUCGAGCAACCUAGACCUGCUAUACACUCAUUCUGCAAGGUUUUGACAGCCUCUGAUACCAGCACACAUGGUGGAUUCUCUGUUCUCCGUAGACAUGCUAACGAAUGCCUUCCUCCCUUGGAUAUGACCCAGCAGACACCAACCCAAGAAUUGGUAGCCAAAGAUUUACAUGGAACUGAAUGGCACUUUAAGCAUAUAUUUAGAGGUCAACCCCGACGGCAUUUGCUUACAACGGGAUGGAGUACAUUCGUUACUUCUAAGAGAUUAGUUGCUGGGGAUUCUUUUGUAUUUUUGAGGGGAGAGAAUGGGGAAUUACGUGUUGGAGUUAGGCGUCAUGCUCGUCAACAGUGCACCAUGCCGUCUUCAGUUAUUUCAAGUCAGAGCAUGCAUCUCGGAGUGCUUGCAACGGCAUCUCAUGCAGUUGCAACACAGACCAUAUUUGUUGUUUAUUACAAGCCAAGAACAAGUCAGUUCAUCGUAGGCCUCAACAAAUAUCAAGAAGCUGUAAAUCAUGGUUUCAAAGUUGGCAUGAGAUUCAAAAUGAGAUUCGAGGGAGAAGAUUCUCCCGAGAGAAGGUUUUCUGGUACAAUAGUUGGGAUGGAAGAUAUUUCUCCCAACUGGGAAGAUUCGGACUGGCGAUCAUUGAAGGUUCGAUGGGAUGAACCUGCAUCUAUUCCAAGACCUGAAAGGGUUUCUCCAUGGGAAAUAGAACCCUUUGUGGUGUCAGCACCCACGUCCCCCGCGUUGGUUCAUCCAAUGGGAGUGAAGCAUAAAAGGCUUCGAUCACCUGCUGAAAUUCCAGUUCCUGGUUGGCUUAGUCUUUCAAAAUCCUCUCUAAAUAUGUUUUCUGAAGAAACCGGAGAGAGUAAAAGUGCCUCGGUAUGGCCUAUGUUUUCAAACAAUUCAGCUCUAGAUUCAGGAAAACUGAGCAAUACCCCAAUGUCAGAUACAAAUUAUGAGAAGAGGGAGGCCACUGUUGCAUCUUGCCGAUUGUUUGGGAUUAAUUUGACAAGUCCCUCUGCCCAUAAUAAGGAUUCUCCUCCAAAAUCAAUUGACAUAUCAACCGAUACUGGUGAUGUAUAUGUUCCAAGUGCACUUUCCUCGGUCAAUUCAAAACAUGAAUCUGGUCUUUCAAAGGAUUCCAAAUACCUGAAGAAAGAGCAGUUUCGAGGUUCCACAAAGGAGGGUCAAAGUAGCCACGGUCCCUCCACCAGAAGUCGCACCAAGGUUCAAAUGCAAGGGGUUGCAGUGGGUCGUGCUGUUGACUUGACUGCAUUGAAGGGAUACGAUGAGCUUAUAAGUGAGCUUGAAGAGAUCUUUGAAAUAAAAGGGGAACUCUGGCCUCGAAACAAAUGGGAAAUUGUUUUUACAGAUAACGAAGGGGAUAUGAUGCUCAUGGGUGAUGAUCCAUGGCCAGAAUUCUGUAACAUGGUGCGGAGAAUUUUAAUUUGUUCGAGCCAAGAAGCGAAGAAUGAGAACAGGGAGCACUAUUCUUCCUUUGUCUUCAGACAAUGA